UAAAUAUGAAUAUUUAAAAAAUAUCUGUAACAAAAGCGAUUCAAUAUAUAGAAAAGGACUUCAUAUGAUUGUUCUUGACAAUUUUUGAGUAUUAAUCACAUAGGUUAAUGAAAAGAACACCAGCCAUCGUUGCAAAUACGUCAUCAAAAAUAAGUAAAUCUUUAAAUACUUGUUAAAUACCCAUUAAAUAAAUACUAUAUUAUCAUUUUAAACGUUAGAUAAAAGUUAUUUCCGGUUCAAUAAGAAAGAACUCAUUGUUCUGUUUGUACAAAACACAAUUGAUCCGUUGUGCUAAAUAACUACUUAAUAAAUAUAAGCGAUUAUCGAUAUGACAUCUCAGGUGCACGAAUUCAGUGUAGAAAUGACGUGUGAAGGAUGUGCCAAUGCUGUAACAAAUGUACUUAAUAAGAAGGAAGGUAUUGGCAAUGUACAAAUAGAUCUACAAGGAAAGAGAGUAUUUGUAACAUCUGCACUUCCUUCUGAUGAAAUACUACAGGUCAUUAAGAAAACUGGAAAGGCAUGUCAAUUUUUAGGCGUAAAGAAAUAAUUAUUUUACAGGUGUAUCAUCAUCUUUAUGUGAUUUUUCCUCUUUCGUGUUAGAUUCCAAUUCUUCAAUGGGUGAGAAUAAACGUCGUGGAAUUUUUCGAGAAAUAUCAUCUUUAUCAAAAUU